UGUGACUGUGAAUGUGGCCCUGAGUGGGCCGGUCCAUGUGAUCGUGCACGUGAUUGCUUUUCUGUGUGUCUGUCUGUCUGUCUGCCUGCCUGUCUGUCUCCGAGGCGGAGCCAGGGCUCAUGAGGGUCGUGUGUGACUCUUCCUUUGUGUGGCUGCCACCGUUGGGACUGGGUGAGGUUGGCUGGGUUAACUUCCAUUUCAGCUAAUCAUGGGAGAGAUUAAAGUCUCUCCCGAUUAUAACUGGUUUAGAAGUACAGUUCCUCUUAAAAAGAUUAUCGUAGAUGAUGAUGACAGUAAGAUAUGGUCACUCUAUGAUGCCGGCCCCAGAAGUAUCAGGUGUCCACUCAUAUUUCUGCCCCCUGUGAGUGGAACUGCGGAUGUAUUUUUCCGGCAGAUUUUGGCUCUGACUGGAUGGGGGUACCGGGUUAUAGCUUUACAGUAUCCAGUUUAUUGGGACCUUCUUGAAUUCUGUGAUGGAUUCAGAAAACUUUUAGACCAUCUACAAUUAGAUAAAGUUCAUCUUUUUGGGGCUUCCCUGGGAGGUUUUUUGGCCCAGAAGUUUGCUGAAUACACUCAUAAGUCUCCCAGAGUCCAUUCCCUCAUCCUCUGCAAUUCCUUCAGUGACACCUCUAUCUUUAACCAAACUUGGACUGCAAACAGCUUUUGGCUGAUGCCAGCUUUUAUGCUCAAAAAAAUAGUCCUUGGAAAUUUCUCAUCUGGGCCAGUGGACCCUAUAAUGGCUGAUGCCAUCGAUUUCAUGGUGGACAGGCUGGAAAGUUUGGGUCAGAGUGAACUGGCUUCAAGACUUACCCUGAAUUGUCAAAAUUCUUACGUGGAGCCUCAUAAAAUUCGGGACAUCCCUGUAACCAUUAUGGAUGUGUUUGACCAGAGUGCCCUUUCAACCGAAGCAAAAGAAGAAAUGUACAAACUCUACCCUAAUGCCCGGAGAGCUCACCUGAAAACAGGGGGCAAUUUCCCAUACCUGUGCCGAAGUGCAGAGGUGAAUCUUUAUGUACAGAUACAUUUGCUGCAGUUCCACGGAACCAAAUACGCGGCCAUUGACCCGUCGAUGGUCAGUGCCGAGGAGCUCGAGGUGCAGAAAGGUAACCUCGGCAUCAGCCAGGAGGAGCAGUAGUUUGGCUUCCCCGGUAAUGAGGAGUGGCCCAGCGUGUUCUUGUACAGUCGGCGACGUCAGUGCUGUCUGUUUGGGCUAUCUGGGCUCCCCGGUUAGCCAGUGUUUUGGAAGUAGGACUGACUGUCAUCUUACGGGUGCCAGUUCUCCUAAGCCAGUGUAACGGUUUCCUCUGCAGUUUUUGUUAGCUUUUGAAUUUGAAGAAACACUUUUGAAGACAUUCAUUUUAAGAAUUGUGACAAUUUUGCUACCAAAAGUCUUCACCACUGUGUUCUUAAGUGAAGGUUAAUUUCUGAGGUUUGGAAUCUUGUUGGGGGUUUUCCCUUUUCUUUUCCUUUCUUUUCUUUUCUCUACUCUUCAUUCUAUUGUCUUUCUCUGUCCUUCUUUUUCUUUCUUUCUUUUCGUUAUUUGCUGUAAAUGCUGCAUAUUCAAUUGUGUAUUAGGAGGACACUGAUUAUUUCUGUUUCCUUGGUUAUAACCAUUAUCAGAGUGCCAAGGCUCUCUCCUCACUGUUUGCCCUCCUAUAAUUCAACUACUUUUGAUUUCUAAUUAAGCAAAUUGUUAUGAGUUUUAGUUUUUGUCUUCCUAGCCAUUACAAUCAUUUGGAAUAAAAAUUCAUUUUCAGUGAA